GCCUCCACUUCAAUUUCACCCUGAACUCUGGCGCGCGUCUCUCUCUCUUGCACCUAAACACACACACGCGCGCGCGCAAGGCUGCCGGUGCAUUGCCCAUGCCUCUGCCUCUACAUCUACCUCUACCUCUGCUUCUACCUCUGUCUCCGCCUCAGCAGCAUGCAGUCGUCGCUGUUCGCCGUGGGUCACAGUUUCGGGCUCCCGACGCCCGUCUCCUCCGUGUGGAAGCCGUCCGCGGACGCGCCGCUCGCGCUACUGCUCUCCAACUGGUCCGCGCCCGACAGAGCCAACGGCACCGCGGACGCGCUGGAGCACCGGCGGCGCGCGCUCUCCUACGGCCAGUUCUCGCAAAGCGCCGCGGUGCUCGUGACCGCGCUCAUGACCCUCCUGGUGUUCGCCACCGUGCUCGGGAACGCGCUCGUCAUCCUGGCGUUCGUGGUGGAGAAAAGUUUGCGCACCCAGGGCAACUUUUUCUUCCUUAAUCUGGCCAUAGCGGACUUUCUGGUCGGUGGGUUCUGCAUCCCGGUGUAUAUCCCCUAUGUGCUGACAGGGGAGUGGAGGCUGGGGAGAGGUCUGUGUAAGCUGUGGCUCGUGGUGGACUACAUGCUGUGUACGGCGUCAGUGUUCAACAUCGUGCUCAUCAGCUUCGACAGGUUCCUCUCCGUCACCAGAGCCGUGAGUUACCGCUGCCAGAAGGGCGUGACCCGCGAGGCGGUGCUGAAGAUGCUGUGCGUCUGGUUGGCAGCGUUCCUGCUCUACGGCCCGGCCAUCAUCAGCUGGGAACACAUCGCCGGGAAGAGUGUGGUUCCUCAUGGCGAGUGCUACGCAGAGUUCUACUUCAACUGGUACUUCCUGAUGACAGCCUCCACUGUCGAGUUCUUCACGCCUUUCAUAAGUGUCACAUACUUCAACCUCAGCAUCUAUAUCAACAUCCGGAACCGCUGUGUGCUCAGAGAGGAACGCUCCACCUGCGCGCCCCUCAGGAAUGGGAGAACCGGAGAAGCCAAGCCAUUCUGCGCCGGUGAUGUCCAGCGCGUGUUUUUCGUCAGGCCGGCCGAAGAGAGCAGCGUGGUGGAGAACUCGUCCAGGUCUCGGUGUUGUCGCUUGUCCAGCGCUACGGUGUCGGGAACCGAUUCGGAAAACGCUGGACGGACAACAAAGCGGAGAAUGAGCACCAUUCCGGAUCUCCCGCCUCUGCAGGUCGGGGAUAUGGUCAACGAGACGGGGUUUAACUGCACCGGACAUUCGUACGGACCCCACAGGAACCGAGCGGACGUCUCGUCGAGUCUGGCCAGCCGCUUUCGGCUCUCCAGGGACAAAAAGGUGGCCAAGUCUCUGGCUGUGAUCGUGUGCGUGUUUGGCCUGUGCUGGGCUCCAUACACACUCCUGAUGAUCAUCCGAGCCGCCUGUCACGGUCAGUGCGUUCAGCACUACCUGUACGAGAUCUCCUUCUGGCUUCUGUGGAUUAACUCGUCCAUCAAUCCUGUGCUCUAUCCCCUCUGCCACACCAGCUUCAGGAGAGCUUUCAGCAAACUGCUGUGUCCCAGUAAAAUAAAGAUCCAGCCGCAGUACAUGGACCAGAAGUACUAGCACUGAGACGUGUCGGGUGUUUCGUUCGUGCUGGUGAUGUUCGUGUCAGGGUGUUUUAGUCAUCUAACCGUAUCGGAUCCAUGUAAAAGCUGUAGUACUGAUCGAAGUAAAAACCACAUCUGUGUAUCCAUCAUGUCGUGUCGAGGUUUUGUGGUGCAACUGAGCAGAGUUUCCACAUAAAGCAGUACUACAGGAGUCAGGAGUCAGGGUUAUGACAUCACAACCUCACCGCUAGAGGACAUACAUGUUUGGAGGAGAUCACUAACAAUCCUACAGACUAGAUUAGAGGGGGGAAAAAUUAAACUCUACUGAAAAUGUAACCCUUUAGAUCGUCUGAAGUCACAGUCGAAUGCAUGUUUCAUGGAGCGACAAAAUUUUUACUCUAUUUUGUACUUUUCAGCAGAGAGGAUGCUUGAGUGUUUAAGAGGAUAUUUGUGUAUUGUAAACAUUGUGCAGCGUUGAGAUUCAUUCCUUCUCCAUGAUUAAGAUCCUGUUGUUAUCUUAACAAUGGAGCGUUUUUGUGAAAAAAGAGAAAAAGACAAAACAUCUGUGGAGCCAAACCGUAUUGAAUGUGGUGUUUAUUCUGUCUUAAGAAUGCAUCUUUUCCACUGCACUGUGGUUUGUUCUUUGUAAUUUCUCUCCACUCACUGAUUAAAGA